CCUCUGGAUUUUCGAACGAGGCAUCCACACGCGCAAGCGCAGUGCAAACCCAAGGAGCGAGAUCUCCCUCCGGUCAUACACUGCUCCCUGGUUGUCUCAGUCCUCUCUGUAAGAGAGAUAGGGAAAGGCGGGAGUUAAUGGUGGAAGGGAAUUAAUGGAGCCAGGAGGAACAAGCGGAGGCCUGAUCGAUAGAUAGGUGGCUGAACCCAGGCUGCUUGGAGAAAUCUACUUCGUUUUCUUUCUUCUCUUGGCGAGCGACUUCCCCUCCUGAGCUAGCUGGAGUGUGCUGCUUCGUGAGGACCAGCGAGAUUACUACUCGUACCACCGCUGCUGCUGCUGCUACUAUUUCCUGCAUACGAGCGAGGCUAUAUAGCGCCUAGCUAGGAGUGUAGCUAGCCUUCGUGGUACUAGUGCUGCCGCUAGUGGACUAGUUAGUCCUCCCCGAUUGCGCUCGAAGCAAGCGGCCGUCGACCGAGGCGUGCGCGCGACGCGAUGGACUUCGGCGACGACGUCAUGGAAGGCUCCGACGGCCAGCGCCGGAAGAAGAGAUACCACCGCCACACACCGCGCCAGAUUCAGCAACUCGAGGCGAUGUUCAAGGAGUGCCCGCACCCGGACGAGAACCAGAGGAUGCAGCUGAGCAGGGAGCUGGGGCUGGAGCCCAGGCAGAUCAAGUUCUGGUUCCAGAACCGGCGAACGCAGAUGAAGGCGCAGCACGAGCGCCAGGACAAUUGCUUCCUGCGCGCGGAGAACGACAAGAUCCGGUGCGAGAACAUCGCCAUGCGCGAGGCACUCCGGAACGUCAUCUGCCCCACCUGCGGCGGCCCGCCCGUCGCCGACGACUACUUCGACGAGCAGAAGCUGCGCAUGGAGAAUGCGCGCCUCAAAGAAGAGCUUGACCGGGUUUCGAGCGUGACGUCCAAGUACCUGGGGCGGUCCAUCACGCAGCUGCCUCCGGUGCAGCCACUGUCGAUGUCGUCGCUGGACCUGUCCGUCGGCGGGCUUGGCAGCCCCCCGCUCGGGCCGUCGCUAGACCUGGACCUCCUCAGCGGGGGCUGCUCGGUGCAUUCGUCAUUCCAGCUCCCGACGCCGGUGUCGGAGAUGGAGCGGCCCAUGAUGGCCGAGAUGGCGACGCGUGCAAUGGACGAGCUCGUCAGGUUGGCGCAGGCCGGCGACCACCUCUGGGUCAAGACGGGCGGCCCCGACGGCCGCGAGGUGCUCAACGUCGACACGUACGACAGCAUCUUCGCCAAGCUCGGGAGCUCGUUCCGCGGCCCGGACGUGCACGUCGAGGGCUCCCGCGACUCGGGCCUCGUGUUCAUGAGCGCCGUCGGGCUCGUCGACAUGUUCAUGGACUCGAGCAAGUGGAUGGAGUUCUUCCCUGCCAUCGUGUCCAAGGCGCGGACGAUUGAUGUCCUCGUGAACGGCAUGGCCGGGCGGAGCGAGUCUUUGGUUCUGAUGUACGAGGAGCUGCACGUGAUGUCGCCGGUCGUCCCGACGCGCGAGUUCUGCUUCCUCCGCUACUGCCGGCAGAUCGAGCACGGUCUGUGGGCGGUCGCCGACAUCUCGGUGGACUUGCAGCAGCGCGACGCCCGGUUCGGCGCGACGCCGUCGCGCUCGUGCCGCCUCCCCUCGGGCUGCCUCAUCGCUGAUAUGGCAAAUGGCUACUCCAAGGUGACCUGGGUCGAGCACAUGGAGAUCGAGGACACGGUUCCCAUCCACCUGCUCUACCGCGACCUCAUCCUGAGCGGCGCGGCGUUCGGGGCGCACCGGUGGCUCGCCGCGCUGCAGAGGGCGUGCGAACGGUACGCGUGCCUCGCCACGGCCGGGAUGCCGCACCGGGACAUUGCAGGAGUGACGCCGGAAGGGAAGCGGAGCAUGAUGAAGCUGUCGCAGCGGAUGCUGACCAGCUUCUGCGCGAGCCUGAGCGCGUCCCAGCUCCACCGGUGGACGACGCUGCCGGGGCCCAACGACGUGGGCGUCCGCGUCAUGGUGCACCGAAGCACGGACCCGGGGCAGCCCAGCGGCGUGGUGCUCAGCGCCGCCACGUCCAUCUGGCUGCCGGUCCCGUGCGACCGGGUGUUCGCCUUCGUCCGCAACGAGAACACGCGCUCUCAGUGGGACGUGCUGUCGCACGGCAACCCGGUGCAGGAGGUGUCGCGGAUCCCCAACGGCUCGCACCCAGGGAAUUGCAUCUCCUUGCUAAGAGGCCUGAACGCGAGCCAGAACGGCAUGCUGAUCCUGCAGGAGAGCUGCACCGACGCGUCGGGCUCGCUGGUGGUGUAUGCGCCGAUCGACAUCCCGGCUGCCAACGUGGUGAUGAGCGGUGAGGACCCGUCCGCCAUUCCGCUCCUGCCGUCGGGCUUCACCAUCCUGCCCGAUGGCCGGCCCGGCGCGUCGACGAGAGCGGGCCCGCUGGGUUCCCCGCCUGCCGGGUCCCUGGUGACGGUGGCGUUCCAGAUCCUGGUGAGCAGCCUGCCGUCGUCGAAGCUGAACGCCGAGUCGGUGGCCACGGUCAACAACCUCAUCAGCACCACUGUGGAGCAAAUUAAGGCGGCCUUGAAUUGCGCCAGCCAUUGAUGAAGCCCGAUCGAUCGAAUUGCUGCGUGCAUGCAUGCCUGCGUAGGUCUCCCCCCCGGCCGCCGGCCGCUUGCCUGCUGCGAGGAGUGAAUUCUCUUCAAGGCGUUAGUUCGCGAUGGAGUUCUUGGUUGGUUGGGGGUUUCAAUGCUCGCCAUUCAAGGAGGCGGGGCUGCUGCCUUGGUGUCGCGCGCUUGGGUUCACCUGCCGCUGUUGCUGCGCCGUCCGAUCCAUGCUGAUUCAACCCUCUCCCUCUCCUCUCUCUCUACCAUUCAUGCAUGCAUGAUAACUUGUUCUUGCUUUAGGUGUCCCGUCUGUUAUGAUCUUAUCUCUACAGGAUUCGAAG